GGUUUGUAUCUGCUUUUAUAGUGAACAGAAUUACACAUGGAUAUUAUUCAAAAUAAAUGUCAUUCCAACUACGUUAUUGGGGGGUUUCCCUCUCCAUCAAUGCGGGUUGUGUUUACAUUUUUAAAAACCCAUUCAGAACCAUGGACAAGCAGUCUUAGCACAGCAAUGGACAUUACUGCAGCAAGUCCUCAAUGCCUGGCAGUGUUUGUAAUUAUGUGCUGUCAUAAUAAUGCGACACUGAUUGCGAAUUUAAUUAUGACAGUGUCAUAAUUAAGCGAAUCAUUCUCACAGUUGAGACGGCCUACAUUAAAUCAGCUUUUUUUCAACAUCAAUUUACACGAGUAAAUACAAGCGUUAUCCUUGGCGGGUUCGUUUGGCGAUUGCUGAAUUAGCUAAAAUGAGUUUGUGAAGGAAAAAACUUAUGUGUAGCCAAGCUGACUCUUACAGUUGACUCGCCAGUGAGACUCAUCGCCUACGCCUCCGCGUAGAUCCCGCCCACGCGAUUUGUUCACCGUGCACCAGAAAUUAUUUUUGAUUGCAAUGUCAAAGCUAAAAGUUGUGAUCGCAUGGUAAAAACAAAUGUAACUCCACAGUAGGCGACAGCUAGGCGUUCUCCUCUGGCAAGUGCCUAUUGGCUAUUUUUGGUAGCAUUGCGAAGGAUUUUGCCUCGGAUUGGAGCAGUAAGUGUCAAUCAAAUCAAACAACGCUGAUUGGGAGACGUUUCACACUGCGGGAAGUUUCAAAUGUGACUCCCUCCUUGUGAAACACGUCAACUGUCUCGAACACUUGGAUUUAAGCGAAACAUCUGCAUUUCGAAUGUAAAGGCGUGUUUAGGAGUAAGUAAUUGAUAAACUAGUGGCCAUCUAGCAAGACGGACUUUGAAGCCAGCCAGCUACCUAGCAGUAAUCCGCUACAAUAACAUUAGCUUUUCACCUAGCUAAAUAAUGUCAAGCAUGUGCAAGUUAUGAGCGGUAUGCUAAACUGCCGAACAAAGCUAGCAACGCUGUAGUUUGUUCAUAGCUACGUACCUAUUCAAGAUUUCUGGCUUAUUUCUUCGAGUCCAUUUGAAUGAUGAACUCCUCUGAUGUUGUGGAACUUACCCAGCAGAUAAAUGACAAAAUAUCUGCUCUCAGAACAAUCUUGGAGCUACGCACAAUUGCCAAAGAAAAGGACAAGCUUAAUAUUUUGGUGAAGAUAGGAAAGGAUAUCAUCGCCAUAAACGGACUCCUUGAUACGCUCGAAAAGCAUGUUUUUAAACAACGAGACGUGCUGAACGGCUUGAAGGAGCUUGAGGAGUUCUUCCAGGAAGACUUGCGUGAUGGACAUCAUCUCCGUGACAACAUGCCCCUGCACAUGCCAAGGAAGGGCCUUCAAACUGCCAAACCUUCAACCCAGAGUCAGCAAGAUGUGGCCCAGCAAGGCCGGGAGCAGAACCCGCAGAAGAAACCCUCUCGCACCCAGAUCCGUGAAAUGGUGUACAUCACCACUGAGGAGUUCGAAAGCAUUCCACAGUACAUGAAGGGUCGUGUGACGUACACCCAACUCAACGUAGCGGUACAGAGCAUCAACGCGGCCGUGACGGGGAAAUACAGCAUCUUGCAGCAGCCACUUAAGAGCCUGACUAACGCGACUCGCAAGCUUCACCAGCGCUUUAAAGACGAGGAGACCAAGGACACCAAGGGUCAUUUCUUUGUGGUGGAGGAAGACAUUCGGGAGUUCACACAGUUGAAAGUGGACAAGCGCUUCCAGGGCAUGCUGAGUAUGCUGCGGCACUGUCAGCGUCUGCGUGAGCUGCGUGGAGCUGGCCACAUCCGCUACGUCCUGCUGUGAGACAGCAUCUGCCACCCCAAACACCCGCUACGUCCUGCUGUGAGCCAGCACCUCCCACCCCAAACACCUGCUACGUCCUGCUGUGAGCCAGCACCUCCCACCCCAAACACCUGCUACGUCCUGCUGUGAGCCAGCACCACCCACCCCAAACACCCGCUACGUCCUGCUGUGAGCCAGCACCACACCAGCCCACACGACCACAAGUCUUGUUAUGCUUCUGCUCAGAUACAAUUUUCUUGAAUUUCUAACAAAUAGCCUGGCUGGCUAACUGGCUUUCACGCUUGCUGUCAAGGUUUUUUCUUGUUUUUUCUGAACAUCUCAAUGCUGCUUGGAUAUUUUUGUAAAUAUAAAUAUUAUGAUUGUUUGGUCUCAACACAUGUACAGUAAACUACAAAAACUCCAAAUUGGGGUCACUGUUCUCCGUUGACUUGCAUGCUAAUGUUUUUAGCUUCUCAUGUGCCCCUCAUCUUUGGCAAAGCUCAAACUUGCACUUUCAGGACCUUCUCUAGGCCGGACACUGCAAGUUUGCCUUUGGCAUUUCUCCACUGCCCUUUGUAUAGCCUUUCACUGACUCUAAAGAAAUACAGCAUUGUACUCUGGUACUUUCUGUUAAACAAAGCUUGUUUACUGGAGGGCUAACCUUGGAAGAUUUAAACUAUAACUAUACUGAAACUAUAAAUCUACUGCGAAGGUUAGACUGCAACGCAUAAUUAAACAAAUGUAAAACUGAAAA